AUGUCCAAGGCGGUAGCGAACGAGAGCCGCGCAGCAGGCCCGCAAGAAGAUUGCGAGGGCGGCUCCGGAAGGAGGAGCUGGGGGCUGUUAGUCACCGCUGGUGUCGGUGGGACCUUGGUGGCACUCUAUGCUGUGGUCACUCCCUUUGUGACCCCGGCUCUGAGGAAAGUGUGCCUGCCCUUCGUUCCUGCAACUUCCACUCAGAUCCAGAAUGUGCUGAAAAUGUUAGAAAACAGAAGUGGCUCCCUAGUUGACAUUGGUAGCGGGGAUGGCCGUAUUGUGAUAGCAGCUGCAAAAAGGGGAUUCAAAGCUGUUGGUUAUGAAUUAAAUCCCUGGCUAGUCUGGUACUCCAGAUACCGUGCCUGGAGAGAUGGGGUACAUCAGAACACCAAAUUUUAUAUUUCAGACUUAUGGAAGGUUUCUUUUUCCCAUUAUACGAAUGUUGUUGUUUUUGGGGUACCUCAAAUGAUGCCACAGUUGGAGAAGAAGCUGGAAGAAGAACUUGAAUGUAAUGCCAGAAUCAUUGCCUGUCGUUUUCCUUUCCCUUGCUGGAUCCCAGAUCAUACUACUGGAGAGGGAACAGACACUGUGUGGGCCUAUGAUUUGAAACAUUCUAGAGGAUGUGAAACAAAAAGCUUGGAAAUUACACCAGAGGCAGAAUGCUAAACAUCUAAUUUGUUUUUGUACUGAAAUUUUUGGCUUUGAUUUCACCUGUUAAAGAUAAGAUUAAUGUGAAUAGAGCCCCAGGAUAUGGAGAUACAUAUUUGUGAAAAUAACUGAAGGACACUGGUUAUCUGAAAGCACACAAAGGUUAGCGAAAGGUAUAGUUAAAUGGCUUAAUGUAGUUAGUAAAAAUUAUGAGGAAGUUUUAUAGAAGCGGAAAAUUUUACUGUGGAAAAUGGGAUAAAACACGGUUCACUACUGUUAAGGGGAAUAUAUGCGUAAGUUAAAAUGCUCAAAUUGGUGAACUUAUGUGCAUUCUUUCUGAGCCUACAUAGCAUUUGUUAUUGGUGUUGGAAGUGGUGUGCAAGUGGCUUCUCAAAUGAGCCAUGGUUCCCAAAUGUCUUCACAGUGUAUGCCCAGUAGGCAUAAUGCUGCAUACAUCAAACUGAUGCAGGUUGAGUAUGACGAUGAUACCAAUGUUUUACACCUCAGCCUUGAAUGUGUACUUUUUAAAGUUGAAUAUGACACAACAAGCAAAUAUAACAAGUUGCUUAUUCAUUAACACAAGUGCAGCCCUUGAUUGUAUUAAUGUAUUUUUAUUUAACUUGUUAUGUGAAGACAAAACUGCAGAAAUGUGCUCUUACUGAACACUUACUGGUAUAAACCUUUGCAAAUGACCAUGAUUUUUCCUAACCUCUCUGAUUUAGGAAGGGUUUCAAAAGUCACCUACUUGGCAGUGAAGUGUCACCACUUCUGUGUGCUCAAACCUUGGAUAAGGUACGGGUGAGAGCUGCUUACUUGAAUGUGUCAUGAAGACUGAUUCCAGAGCUAGUUGGUCUGGCUAGCUUGGCUAAAUCUGAUUAGACCUCAUUUAAUUUAUAGUGAGAUGGGAAGGGAGGUUUUCAGUCAGGCUUCUUUUCCCCUCUACUUUUCUAUGCCAUGUGAUGAGACUCAGAAACUCAUGGCAUUGCUGCAUGGCUUUUCCUUGGAAGUGAAGCAAGUUCUCGCCGUCUUUUUGCUCAUACUGGUUUGCAGUGGGGUACUGUCACUGCUGUGACGUUUUCCUUUUCUAACACGGUUACAACACUUUUCUAGUUUGUAACAGUCUGCUUACUUGGUCUUUCUUUUAGUUCCCAGAUAAAGUUUUACUGUUUUCACUCAUUAACAAUUAGUCUAAGUUUACAGUUAGCCUCCCCUGGCCCCAGUUACAUAUAGACUGCUUGUUAAGCAGGGACUACGCAAGUUUGUCAGACCUUUGCAUAUAUGAUACCCAUAGAAUGAAGCUAAAACAGGCUAGGAAAUUGUCACCUGACUUCUAGGCAGUUGUUACCACAACUAAAAUCAGCUCAGGCCAAGAGAAGCGCUGAGACCUUGCAAUUUUGGGUAAAUACAAAGCCUGUGACAUUUUAUUAGGCCUUGGGAAAGCAAGUUGUUUGGACUGUAGUAUCUGACUUGAAGAGAAGUUAGAUGUUAUUUGGGAUGUGUAGUCUACAGUUACACCUGUACCCAGGCUUUUUAUUUUUCGUGGGAGGGGAGGAGGAAGGAGAAUUUAAAAUACAAAUCUACACUGAGGAUUUGGAAUGGAGCAUGGAAUGGUUUUGUCCUGAUAACGUAUACAAAGCAGGAGAAGAAAGGGGCAAAUGUAUCCACUCUGGAGUCUGCAAAGGAGAGAUUUCAGCCUCACAUGGCAAGGCACAGCUGUAAACGUGGUGACUGUGUGUAUCGAAGAACACUGAUUUCUGGUAAGCAGUCUUUUACAGCCUUUCACUGCGGUGUAACGUAGUGCAUCUUGUAAAACUACACUAAACUCUACCAUGAUUUAAGUGUUAUGAUUAUUACACAGUGACAGGACAGGGCUACAGUGGCUUAUCUAAAAUGGCUGAAUUUACUUUAAUAUCCCAAGGCUGUAAAACUGGAACCUCAGACAAAGGAAAUCUGCAAUUAUUUCUAUUGGAAAAGACCGUACGAAGGGGAAAUUAGCUAAUGAAGCUGAGUCCUUCCCCGAAUGAUUAUAAAGGAGAAGAGGAGGCAAAAGAAUUUGAUCAAGUGAAUUGUGACU